AUGGCCACUGCCAGACGGUCUGAGGAGCCCGAUCGGCCUGAGACAGACCUGGAGUCCUCUCAAGACGAAUCGUCAGAGUCGGAGCGAUCUUACGGCUGCGAGUCAUUCUUUAUUACGCGCGAAGAAUACCAUGAUGUCUUGAUGCAUUGCAACGCCAUGCAGCUCAAUCCAUCCCUCCGUCGAUGCAUUCCUGAUCUCGUCCACGAAAAGUUCGAGAUGCUACACGCUACGAUCUACAAUUGGACCUACACUUGGACACGAUGUGACUCAAUGUCAGAUCUUUCACGGGCCGACAAGCAGGCAAUCGUUGCCAGCCUUGAUGGCUACUGUGUCCAGGAGGACUGGGAUACCAUUCAUGCUCUCCUUCCCCCUGCCACUCAAGAGCAUAUGGGCCCUGUUCUAGCUGAAACCAUGCUGUGGCAGUACAUCUGUAACAAAUUUAUCGACACCCCUUUCUGGUUUGUGGAUGGAAAGAUCAGCCCCACAGAUGCCAACGGCGAUCCUCAGUUCCACCAAAGACUUCAGUAUUUUUACGACAGAUUCCGGAAAUCAGACGCCCUCAACGCAGCUUGGUGGAAAUCGAUCACUGUCACCGAAGCUAACGCCCGCAGCAUUAUCGACAAACCUAGCACGGAGCUGUCAAAGGACACCAACGCCCGGCGCCCGAUAAUCCUCAAAGACCUUACCGAGGAAUUGCUUGAGCGCCAGGUUUUCCAGCUUCUUCUCAGCCCGCUGGAGGAUGAAGCAGAGAUCACUCGGCGUAACAGUGCCCUUCAGGCGCUUCUCGAGUCCGCCGCGGAUUUUAUCAUUUACACUGAGGGUGGAAUGUUCGGCAACAGCAACGUCGACCGGCUUCCCGAUCUGCCCGCCUUCCACUAUGAUUCGGAAACUAUGACACCGCAUUCGCACCACUUCACCAGUUAUUGGCGCACGCCGAGGUUCGCGCCUCUCGCGGGGGGGCGAGUUCUGAUCGUGACUCGCCCGAGCUUAUCCUACACCGAUAUGAGAUCUUACGGUCCACGUUACAAAAUUCCUCAUCACCGAGUUUUCAAGGCGGAAGUGUUCGUGGAGAGGAAAAGACCGAGGACGAGGCAGGCCUCACGGACUGGGUCUGUAGGCGGUGCAGCAAAAGCAGUGGAAACAACUACGGAAAGGCCAACCAAGAGACCAGGGAGACGGGGCGCAAAGUCUGGCGGGUCUAAGAAGAGAAAGGUGCCACUGGGAGAGCAGCUGCCGCCUCUGAGGGAGUCAUUCUGGCGCCAGUGA